GUGAAUACGAAUCGCGACCCAACCCCAAUUCUUUCACUACCGUCUUUAUUCUUAUUUUCGACGUGUCAUUGUGCCCGACUUCCCUUAUUCAUCAUGCGGUUCUCCAACUCGGUGCUUUUGGCAGCAAGCAGCUUGCUGGGAGCUGCUCUCGCCCACAACAUCCAACUGAAAGCGCAUGGAAGGGAAUGUUUCCACGAGAUGCUGCACAAGGAUGACAAGAUGACAGUAACUUUCCAAGUAGGGGAUAGGGAGUUUGGGAGUGCAGGCAGCUUAGACGUGGAUUUCUGGAUCCAAAACCCAGCAGGAGGCUACGAGACCCACGAGAGAUCGGUUUCGAAUGGAGAUCAUUCUUUCACGGCCCAACACGACGGGAAAUACCUAUACUGCUUCAGCAAUGAGCAUUGGUCGGCGUCAAGCAAGGACGUUUCCUUCAACGUUCACGGCAUAGUCUACGUUCCCGAGGCGGAUGCCCCAUCAGACCCAUUGGAAGCCGAAGUGCGUCAACUAUCUGAACUCCUCGCCCAAGUGAAGGACGAGCAAUCCUAUAUCGUUCUCCGAGAACGAACGCACCGAAAUACCGCAGAAAGCACAAAUGCGAGAGUGAAGUGGUGGAGCAUGUUCCAAAUGGGUGUCUUGGUUGGCGAAGGUAUCUUCCAAGUUUGGUGGCUGAAGAGAUUCUUCGAGGUGGGCAAGAACAGUUCCCAGCGCUUUGGCGUCCUAAGCCGGUAGCUGAUUGACUGCAGGUCAAACGGGUUGUAUAAGAAGAUAAUAUGGGGUUUGAAUUUCCGGCGCAAAUAGCAUGAUGACGGGAACAUGGCGAUUCGAAAGGGGGU